AUUAUAGGAUAAGGUUCCACAACACUACAUACUGUUUACGACGGAGUUCCAGAAACAUGUCUAUCUAUACAGCUUUGGCUGCUUUGUUGGUGGUGCUGAGUAUCACAAUUACAGAAUGUUAUCCUCGAGGACGGAUACUGGGCGGAAAGGAGUCUGCUGGCAGGCCAUACAUGGUGUCACUGCAACUUGAUGGAGUUCACUUUUGUGGUGGGCUGUUGAUCUCUGACGAGUGGAUACUCAGUGCAGCUCACUGCAUGCCCUCUGGUAACAAGACACUCCAUGUGAUGCUCGGGGAGUCCUCUCUGAAGAAAACAGAAAACAGCAAAACCAGAGUGGAAUUUGAAAUCAAGAAGUAUUUUGUUCACCCGCUUUACAACAGUAGCUUAAUUGCUCAUGAUCUGCUGUUAUUAAAGCUCCCAAAUAAGGUCAAUGUGAGUGAUGCCAUUAAGCCCAUGCCAUUCCAGAAAGAAGAUGUUGAUAUUCCAGAGGGCACACGUUGUUUAGUGUCUGGCUGGGGACAGAUAAGGCUUACUGGCAAGAGACCAGAUACGUUAUAUGAGGUGGUAGUUACGGUGAUCAGCAGAAACCAAUGUAAUCGUCGAGACUACUAUGAUAAUGAACUUACUGACAAUAUGAUGUGUGCUGGAGAAAAGGGCAAAGACUCUUGUGAGGGAGACUCUGGAGGACCCCUGAUAUGUAAUGACGUGGCUGUGGGUAUCGUGUCUUUUGGAUCUCGCAAGUGUGGCAAUGCCAAGAGGCCAGGCAUCUAUACUCGCAUUGUUCGCUACAAUAAUUGGAUAAACAGCACCAUGCAUUAUGCCGCCCUGCAAACAACAACCACUUCACCUAUAAAACUGUAAGAGGCAUCCCAAGAGCAUGUAUAAUGAGAAAAGUACUCGGCUAUGGAUUCCAUGACAUGUAUCAAAUUCUAACUAAAUAAAAUUCAUUGAAAUUGUU